GGAGCCACAAGCCCCCGCAGCCACUGGUCAACCGGGAGCUUCGGAGCAUCAACGAUAACGAUGGUUUCCCUGCUUCUGCUGUGUGUGUCCUUGCCCCUUGUAUGGGCGACGACGUCAUUUCAACACCAUGACGGCUUGGAUGGCAAACUGCGUGUCAGCAUCCCACUGGAGGUCCCGCUCCGCCCCCUGCUGGGCGGCAAGGUGGUGGUUCCCUGCUACUUCCAGGACAACACCGCCGGCGACCCGGGCGCCCCAACGCCCGCCCCGCUCUCCCAUCGCAUCAAAUGGACCUUCAUCACCAAGGAAAACAUCACCACCAUCCUGGUGGCAUCGGAGGGCAAAGUCCACAUCGAGUCGGAGUACAUGGACAAAGUAACGAUGAUCAACUACCCGCUGGUGCCGACGGAUGCUAGCCUGGAGAUAACAGAGCUAAGGUCCAAAGACUCGGGCGCUUACCGUUGCGAGGUCAUGCAAGGCAUUGAGGACAACUACGACACCGUGGAACUGCAGGUUCAGGGUAUUGUGUUCCACUAUCGAGCUAUCACCACCCGGUACACCCUCACCUUUGAGAAGGCCAAGGCAGCUUGCAUCCAAAACAGCGCCACCAUUGCCACCCCAGCCCAACUGCAGGCCGCCUAUGACGAUGGAUACCACCAGUGUGAUGCUGGAUGGCUGUCUGAUCAGACUGUCAGGUACCCCAUCCAUUAUCCUCGGGUGGAAUGUUACGGAGACAAGGAAAACUUUCCCGGUGUGAGAACCUAUGGAGUUCGAGACGUCAACGAGACUUAUGACGUGUACUGUUUUGCAGAGAAGAUGGCAGGCAGAGUCUUCUACUCCAUGUCGGUGGAGAAGUUCACUUUCGACGAAGCUGAGGAUCAGUGCACCAAACUGGGUGCCAGACUUGCCACCACCGGCCAGCUUUACAUGGCCUGGAAGGGCGGCAUGGACGUGUGUAACGCGGGCUGGUUGCGCGACAGGAGCGUACGAUACCCCAUCAACAUUGCCAGACCUCAAUGUGGAGGUGGGCUCCUUGGGGUCAGGACGGUCUACCUAAACCCUAACCAGACGGGAUACCCGCUUCCGAGCACUCGUUACGAUGCUAUCUGCUUUCAAGGUAGCGAUGAUGAAGGUGCCGUUCCUGGAAGGACCACUCCUUUCCCAGACAUCAUGAGCAUAACACCGGCCCCUGGAGUUUAUCCGGGCUUCACAACCACACCUGGAGGUCAGGAGAUCAAGCAUGGAGGGGUGGACAUUCUUACCAAGCCCAUCUCACCUCCGUUUACGGACGCUGCCAUGGCUCCCACCGGUGUGGUGUUCCACUACCGACCUAUUACUGGUCGGUAUACUCUGACCUUUCUGGAAGCCCAACAAGCCUGCGAGAGUAUUGGAGCAGUCAUCGCCAGCCCCUUGCAGCUUCAGGCAGCCUUUGAGAAGGGCCUACACCAAUGUGAUGCUGGUUGGCUUAGCGAUCAGACAGUCAGAUAUCCCAUUGUGUCACCUCGGGAUAAUUGCGCGGGUAAUCUACUGCACCUUCCUGGAGUCCGAUCCUAUGGCGUGAGGCCAGACUUUGAGCGUUAUGAUGUGUUUUGUUACGUUGAACGUCUGCAAGGUGAGGUCUUCUACACUAGCGACUACGACAGCUUCUCUUUCGAGGAGGCUGUCCAGCACUGUGAGAACCUCAACACCACGCUGGCCACCACUGGACAGAUGUACGCUGCCUGGAACCAAGGCCUUGAUAAGUGCCGCCCAGGCUGGCUGAUGGACCGCAGUGUCCGGUAUCCUAUCACCACCUCCAGAUCCCUCUGUGGGGGUGGUCAGGUGGGCGUGCACAUUAUCUAUGCCUUCCCAAACCAGACAGGAUUUCCUGAUGAGCACUCACGCUAUGAUGCCUAUUGUUUCAAAGCUGAAACAACCACCACUGACACGGACACGGAAUCCAUUUUCGACAAGUUACUGACAGUGGAUGUUGUCAGCAAAACAACUGUUGCAGUUGAUCAUGCCCUUCCAACUAUUGAACCGACCACGACCUACAACGACACUGAAAUAAGUGUAAACAUCACAGAAAUAGAAGAGGUUAUCCAGAUGACAAACACCUCAACCCAUCUAACUAUUCCAACUGUCCUAAUUGAUGCUUCUGCCUCUGGAUCGGGUGAUCAUUCAGCCAGUGGGGAUAUGUCUGGAGAGUCCAGUACCACCAGCGGGAGCGGAGCCUCUGGUUCAGGACUGGACAUCACCUUCAGUGGACACACGGACAUCCUGUCAGGAGACCAUUCCGCUUCCGGUGAUCCACAAGGAGCCGAGGGUGGCAGUGCAAUUUUCACCUCGGGCGACUCCGAAAGCACAUCGGGAUCAGGAUCUGGUUUUGUUGGAUCAGGUUCAGGUUCAGCCAGUGGCAGCAGAGACAUUAGUGGCAGUGGUGAUGACAUUCUGAUCAAUGUACUGGACGGAAAAGAAAAAGAACUGGUAAUCCCAACCCUCACUGAGCAGGAGUUAGGCAGUGGAGUUUUGUGGACUUCAGGAAUGUCCGGAUCAGGAAGCAUUUCCGGAUCAGGAAUCAUGUCUGGAUCAGGAGAUAUGUCCGGAUCAGGCAGUGGAAUUUCCGGUAUCUCCUUUACGGACAAUGGUGCCAUUGACCUUACAAUUAAGCAAUUGGGAGAGCAAGAGCUGUAUGGAUCCACAGAAAUGUCUGGAUCAGGAUUUAUGUCCGGAUCAGGCUCCAUAUCCGGAUCGGGCAGUGGAUUUUCUGGUAUCAUCUUUACAGACGAUGGUGCCAUUGACCUGACAAUUCAGCAAUCAGGAGAGCAGGAGUUGUAUGGAUCUGCUGAAAUGUCUGGAUCGGGAUCAAUCUCUGGAUCCGGCUUUUUGUCGGGAUCAGGCAUCGAAGGAUUUUCCGGCAUCUCCUUUACAGACAAUAGUGCCGUUGACUUAACAGUCCAGAUAUCAGGAGAGCAAGAGUUAUCUGGAUAUCAUCCCUUUUCGUCAGGCUCUGCAAGUGGCUUUUCAUCUGGUGUUUCAGGCAGCGGUUCUGCCUCUGGCCAGCCAUUCCACACGGACGGGGGUGUCCUCUUUAUAACAGAUGACCGGAUAAAGGAAGUUACUGUUUCUACUCAAGAACACCGUCCAGAAGAGGGCCGUGGUGUUGUAGAAAUCAGCGGCCAAGAAAGCGGUUCUGGAAUCCACCUUCAAAUCUCAGGCAGUGACAAGCCAUCAGCUACCGGGGUUUCUAUAGGUUUUCCUUCUGGAUCUACCACGGCUUACCCAGACUACAAUGGUCCAUCAGGGUACGAGGAAGAAGAAACAGUCCUCGUCCUGACUCCCGAACCUGCCUACGUCAACCCGACAACUGCACCGUCGAUCUCAUUAGCAACACCCCCGGUUGUGGAGCAGCCAGAAGUACAAGAGGCUGUGCAUAGUUGUCCCGAGGGCUGGUUGGAGUUCAUGGGAAGCUGUUACCUUCACUUCACCGACAGACACACCUGGUCAGAUGCUGAGCAGCGUUGCCAGGAGCUUAACGCCCACCUGGUCAGCGUCAGAUCUGAAGAGGAGCAGCAGUUUCUCAACUCCAAAGGUCAGGACUAUGAGUGGAUAGGUCUCAACGAUAAAGAUGUACAGAAUGAAUUCCGCUGGACAGACGGCAGCGCUCUGACAUAUGAAAACUGGAGGCCUAACCAACCUGAUAACUACUUCAAUUCCGGGGAGGACUGUGUGGUGAUGAUUGGCCACGAAGGAGGCCAGUGGAACGACGUUCCCUGCAACUAUUACCUUCCCUUCUCCUGCAAGACACAACCUGCUGGUUGCGGAGCGCCUCCAGAGGUGGCGCACGGCUCACCGAUGGGCGUCAUCCGAGAUAAUUAUGCUGUAAACUCCAAAGUGCGGUACCAGUGUCAAGCGGGCUACACGCAGCGCCACCUGCCUGUCAUACGAUGUAUGGAGAACGGACAGUGGGAGAGGCCACAAGUGGAAUGUAUAGAAACAGAUGGCGGCAACAGGCUACACAAAAGAUCGGUGAAGAACAGAAGUCGAGGAGUCACCAGCCGACAGGAGCACAGAAAAACGCUCUGAGGAGGAGGACUGAAUGAAGCACAAGUGAGAUUUAUAAAAGGACCCCUCCCAUGGACACCAAUGCCCGACCAAAAAUCAUAGCAUUUUACCCUUGCCAAUGUAAAUACAAGCACUAAAAACACAUUUAGACACUGACAAUGUUGCUGAACUGACUAGUGCCUUUAGUAAAGGCGCUUACUUAAUGUUAUUUAAAGAGUCUAAUUUAUAGCUGUAAUUAAUGUUCUCCAUGCACAAGUACUACUGCAGUUUGCCAUAUUUUAACCCAUCUUAUUUCCUGGUCUGUGUUUGUAUUUGGUCUUCAGCGACCAGUUUUCGAAGAUUUUAGUCGAGGACUGCGAUUUUCGAGCGGUCAAUGAUCCCAAUUUCGUGUAGUACAGUAGAAUGUUUUUUUUUUUUUUUUAAUUAAAUCAGAAGAUGCUUUUCCUCAAUAUCCCAUUUGUCGGAAUGAAUCCGUUUAAAACUGCUUGUAAAUGAAUCUAGAACAUGAAACUCUGUAGAUUAAAUUUGUGCUUUUAUAUAAGUUCGCUUCAUCGAAUCUUGUGUUUAAUGAUCAUCAAAUGUGUGAAAUUUUCUUCAGAAAACAACAUAAGAUGGCUUAUGUAAGACUAAAUUUGUCGUUUUCAAUGUUCCGGGAAUAAUCAUGACACCUUUACCGUAAUUUUUGGACUAUAAACCACUACUUUUUCCCCCUCGUUUUGAAUCCCGCAGCAUACUUGUUGAUUUAUUUGGGUUAAUAAGUAAAACUUUAUUUACAGCAGCAUCAUAGAACUGCCAUGAGACCAAAUGAACCACCAUGAAGCUUUAAGAAGCUUCAUUUGGCCAUCACUGCUCCCUUAGGGGAGACAGUCAACCUCUGCUGCCCCCUGCUGCCAACACUUAUCACCCAACAUGCCUCCUAGCAUGCAUUGCAGCGCUAUAGAUAUAAAUAACAAUCAAAAUUCAUGUUUUGUGCUAAUUAUUUCUUCAGUUACUGUUCCCGUUGUUUCAUUAAUUACUAGUUAUGGUAUUUGGUAACACUUUAUUCGACAGUGGCACUAUAAGACUGUCAUGAAACCAUCAUAAUUAUGACAUGACACUAUUAUGGCAUUAAUAAAAGCUUAUGACGGAUGACAUUAAGUGUCAUCUGGCAAAUAUGUCACCAACUCCAUUUAUGUCCAGCUCAGAUCUUUUACAUCCAUUCAAAAGAGCUAAUUUGCCAGUAACGCUGCAAUGCAUUCUAGGAGGCAUGAUGGAUGACAACAGUUGUUGACAGCAGGUGGCAGCAAAGGUUGACUGUAUCCAAGGGAGCAGUGAUGGUUGUAUGAAACUUCUUGAAGCAAUGAAGACAUGGUGGUCCAUUUGGUUUUAUAACAGUCUAAUGAUGCUGCUUUCAAAUAAACUUACUAGUUAAACUUACUAGUCUUUUGGUGUAAAUAUCCCAUAUUACAUUAAGGACAGGUGCGGUUUAUCGUCCAGUGCGAGUUAUCUAUGAACAAAAGCCAUUUUCGUGUCAGAUUUGGUUGGUGGCAGCUUAUAGUCAGGUGCACCUUAUAGUCCAGAAAUUACGGUAAAUCAUUUCGAUUUGAUUUUUACUAGAAUUACCGUGAUAUAAUAAUAUUGUUACCGAUAUGGCACCAAAAUGGUACUGCACAAUAUAAUCAAUUAGUUUAUCACUAGGGUUGUUCAGAUCAUGUUUUUUUGCUCCCGAUCCAAUCCCGAUCGUUUUAGUUUGAGUAUCUGCCGAUCCCGAUAUUUCCUGAUCUGAUUGUUUGGGUUUUUUUUGCUCCCGAUUCAAUUCCAAUCAUUCCCGAUAAUUUUUCCCGAUCAUAUACAUCUUGGCAAUGCAUUAAGAAAGAAAUGAAUAAAACUCGGACAAAUAUGUACAUUCAAAUACAGUACGUAAGUACUGUAUUUGUUUACUAUGACAAUAAAUCCUCAAGAUGGCAUUGACAUUAUUAACAUUCUUUCUGUGAGAGGGAUCCACGGAUAGAAAGACUUGUGACUUUGUAUAUUGUGACUAAAUAUUGCCACCAAUGUAUUUGUUGAGCUUUCAGAAAAUGAUACUGUAGCCUUGCCUAAAUGCAUGAUGGGAAGUGGAACCAUGACUGUGCGUAGUGCUACCAAUUGAUAUAUCUUCUCUGCGUUGGGAAAUAACAUAAGGUGUUAAGAAAAAGAUCAAUUGUUAACUUGCUUCCCCACAUUGCUUCCCAUGAUAUUUCUAAUCGUGGGAAGAGGGAUUCUAAGGCUUUAGCCAAUUAACAAAAAGGCUCCAAAGGCUGCCAAAAUUCAUUCCACUCAGUUUACGCUGCCUAUUAUCUCUCUAUAAUGGUAAAACGGUGCCAUUACAGAUUGAGCGCGACAAUGCGUGAGUGGGUCGUGCAGCGCAUGCAUUAAUUGCGUUAAAUGUUUUAACGUGAUACAUUAUUACUGCCGUUAUCGUGAUAAAUUUGAUAACCCUACCUGAAGCCUACACUAAAGAUGAGUGUAACAUACUAUGUCUGUAACAUUAAAUACAAUUAGAAAACGAUUUAAUUUAAAAAUAUAUAUAUUUAAAAAAGGGAUGGCCGACAUUUUCUUGCCGAUUCCGAUACUUUGAAAAUGACGUGAUCAGACCCGAUCGAUCUCUGUUUAUCACUAUUAGAUGUCCAAUCCAUUUGAAGCGGGAUGGUGGCAGCGAAUGAACAUACGUUCAAAGACUCAAAAUUCUUUUCAAUGCUUCAAAAAAAAAAUUUUUUUUUUAAAAAAACGAAUUCAUUGAAGUUGGCAAAAACAUGUUCAUUCAUUUCCUGAUCUCAUUUUGCGCAUUUUUUGUGUAUUAUCAUUAUUAAAUAAUAUCAUUUUAAAACACUACCUACGCAAGCACAAAUCACAAUUUAACAUGUCUGUGUGAAUUAAUUGUCAGAUUUGAAUGGUUAGUGGGGACCCGUCGCUGGUUUAACGCAUGGGACUCACUGUAAAUAUUCUACACUGCAACUGUGUGAACAGCAGGAUCUGUCAAUAACAGAACAUAUCUUUUUUCAUUGUGCAUCCUAUAUAGUCAGAGGUAGGUAGAGUAGCCAAAAAAAUGUACUCGAAUUACAAAGUAUUUGGUGAAAGGAAUACUCAAAUAAUGAGUACUUUACAAAGUCUGAUUUUUAAAAAAUUUUUUUAAACAUGGUAUAUUGUUUUUCUCAGCACAACGUCAUCUAUAUGAUCUGUUAUUAUUAUACAGUAGACUACUACAAUUUAUUACAUAACAAUAUUAGGCCCCCCAAAAAUCGAAUUCAGACGAGAAAAUUUCAACUUAAGUGCCUUCUAGUAGAGAAACAUAGACUUCAUAAUGAUAUUGACGGGACACUUUCCCCAGACACAGCGCUACGCCUUCAAGUAGGGCGGGGUCUCAAACUCUGCUUCAGUCGGUCGAAGUUAUUCUCAAACACAUGCAGCAAUCCAACACCGGAUUUAGGUGUAAAAACAACAACAGUUGUACCGCAUACAAACAGGAAAGAUUGUCUUAGGAGUGAUUUGUUCAAGGAUUCAAGGUAAUUAUUAUAUUUUUCGUACCAUGCAUGGAUUUUGAAACAUUGUGAGGAAAAAAAAUCAAUGGGAGAAAUGAACCGCUACGGCAUUGGCGUCAUAAUUCGCAAUAUUUACGUAAAAUAAAUGCUAAGUGCCCUUUUUUUUUUUUUUUGCUUUUAACCCAGAAUCGAGACUGUUUUACGUUCAUAUCUAUAAAGAAUUCAUGGAUUUACGCAUUUAUUCUAGGGCUGUCAAACGGUUAAAAUUUUUAAUCAAGUUCAUUACAGCUUAAAAAUUAAUUAAUUGUAAUUUAUCACAAUUCAAACCAUCUAUAAAAUAUGCCAUAUAUAUAUUAGUAAGAUAUUGUUGGAAUGGAAAGAUAAGACAAGAUGGAUAUAAACAUUCAACAUACGGUACAUAAGUACUGAAAUUUGUUUAUUAUAACAAUAAAUCAACAAGAUGGCAUUAACAUUAUUAACAUUCUCUUAAAGCGAUCCAUGGAUAGAAAGA